GUGGGUCUGAACCCAGAUAACCCCUGUCUGAAGGUCAAGUGUAGCCGUCACAAAGUGUGUGUUGCCGACGGCGACCAGACUGCUGCUUGUAUUAGCCAGCGGAGGGUCAGUGUGAAGGAACCGGGCCUGUCUCUGAGUCCAGGGUCCAAAUGCAGACGCUGUCCAGUGGUCCGUCCCUCUCCCGUGUGUGGUACUGACGGACACAGCUACUCAACCAAGUGUAAGUUGGAGUAUCAGGCAUGUAUCUCAGGGAAGCAGAUCUCAGUCCAGUGUUCUGGCCAGUGUCCGUGUCCUGCUGUCCUUCCUGAAUACAGCACAGCAGGACAGACAGGGACUGGUUCAGAACACACUAUACCUCAGAAAAACAAGUUCAGCUCAGGGGCGGGGCCUAUCUGUAAGGAUCCUCUUGGUUGGAUGUUCUCCCGCCUCGACACAAACUUUGACCUCCAGCUGGACCAAUCAGAGCUCAGCAGGCUGGGGCUGGACAGGAAGGAAGGCUGCUCCGAUGCACUCUUCACUUCCUGUGACACACCCACCGACACACACCCCGACACACUCCUCCUCUCCAGCGCAGAGUGGUGCACCUGCUUCCAGAGAUACACAG